AUGAAAACGGCAAAGCCUUCUCAACCAGAGCCCAUAGCUGGCACUGGUGCGGCCACUUCGAGUCGCCGCCAACCAGCGCGACAAGCUCGUACCAACCCGCCUCGAUCCUCUCUCCUGGCCGGUCCGGUGGCUGGCCGAGAUGCUCACGGCCAUGACCAGCCUAUCGACAUCUUUCCCGCUAUAACGCAUUUCACUGAUGCUAUAACAUCGCUGCCCAAAGACCUCGUGCGCCAUUUCACACUCCUGAAAGAGGUCGACGCCAAGAUCUUCCAGCCGGAAGAGAAGCUCUUCCAGCUUGUGGGGGACGCUCUGAAAUCGAGCCCGCCCGAGCCCAGGGUCGUCAGCGACGGCUCCAGUAGCAUUGCGCCUACGUCGGCGCCCAUGAGCGCUCAGAACAGCAUUAAUGGGAGUCUGCCAGCUGCGCCCUCCAAUGACCCCAACUACAACGCCGCCAUCUAUGGCCCUGAAAAUGUACCCCGCCGGCAACUAUUUCGCGAAACCGCUUUUAAAAUACAAGAGAUGCUUGUAUCACUAGAAGAGAAGAACCACGUUAUAUCCACGGCGAAUGAGGCUCUCUCGAAACAUCUUGCCCGCAUUGACAACGUAUGGCCACACCUCCAAGGCGAAUUCAGCGACGAGGCCAAAUGGGGAAGCAACACACAUUGGGCAUACCCAGAGAACAGAAUCAGCCGGGCGAAUGCUACUGAGCGCUCGCGACGAGAUGGCGCGCAAGCUAUUACCGCCGCCGCUCAAGCGCUAGCCGAAGAAGCUGCCGCCAGGACCGAGGCAAGGAAACAAGCAGUAGCAGCCAAGAAAAAGCAGCACCAAGACUCGGACGUUGAUGCUGAGCACGAGAAGAAAGGAGAAACCACCAAGAAGGCCGGCAAGUCACGGAAAGCAGCUGAAGCCAGUGCGCCCAUCGGUCUGGGCAUCACCACAGAGACCAACGGCAACCCUCCGCCCAAGAAACGGAGAGUCAACAAUGAUAAGGACAAGGACAAGGACAAGGCUACAACAAACGGAGGCCAGCCUAUGGAGCGCGCCCUGAGUAGUGUGUUCGGCAAUAACAACAACCCUAGCUCUUCGUCGAAAACGAAGAACUCAAGCCCACGGGCUACGCCGGCACCAGAUGCAGCCGCGUCCAAGAAACGUAAGGCCUUACCCACAGUUAAUGGUGGCAGUCAGUCCAAGAAGAGCAAAAAUGGGUUGCCGACAGCACUCUCUCCCUCAGUCACCUCCUCUCCAAUUGUACCAAACUUUGAUCCUCGAACCAUUGGGCGCAAUUCUCCAGUGCCGGUUCCUGUUCUUGCUCGCCCAGCAGCUUCGCGAGCCAGAAACAAUUCCACUGCCUCGAACCUUGCCCAGAGACCCUCAUCAUCUGCGUCAAACAGACCCAAUGGGACUGCGGUUCCUCUGCCAGAGCUACCUACAGUGCUGAGUGGACGAGUUGUAAUUGAGACCAAACCAACCAAGGAGACGCCGAUACCUGUUAAAAUCGAAAAUGUGCCCAAGGAAGAUAUACCCCAACCUCCUAUCGUGGCAAACACGACGCAAAACGGCAGUAGGAAAAACUCAAUCGCAAAAGAAGACGCUGAGCCGAAGGCCGAGGCCGUGCAAACUCCGGUGCAGACUGUAACGAGUGUAGUUACUACCAAGAGUGGACGGGCUAGCAAACCCUCAACUCCUGCUCUGGGCAACUUUCCAGAGGCUGCAAGAUCUAGAUCAUCCAGAAAUACACAGGCUGGUGGCGCGAAACGCAGCCACAAAAAGGGUGCAUCGAUACAAGCUGCACUCGCUGCUCAAACCGUUGAUGAAGAUGCAAACGGUAGCGCUCACGGCGACGAUGAAGGUGACAUUGACGCAAAUGAGCCUCGAUAUUGCUAUUGUAAUGGGGUCUCCUAUGGCGAAAUGGUGGCCUGCGACGCCGAUGAUUGCGAAAAGGAGUGGUUCCAUCUUGGCUGUGUUGGCUUGCGGUCAGCCCCAAGUUCAAGCACAAAAUGGUAUUGUGACAAUUGCAAAAUCCGCAUGAAGAACGGCAAGAAAGUGAACGGCAGGUAG